CUUCAUAUGUUUUGUAAAGGAAUGAAGUAUUCACAAUUGAAAGUCCACAAAGGAAAGGUUCUUGAGGUUGAACAUGAUAAAGAUUUCAGCGAAUUGGUCACMCUGUGCCGUUCUUCCAAUGGGGUUGAUGUUCAGUUUUGGUCGCUCCCUAACUUAAAUAUUCARAGACAGAUCACAUGCCAAGGUGACGUCACUUGUCACGUGAGAAUGGACGACUUAUUUCUGUGUGGACAUGAAAGUGGUUUGCUUGUACUGCAUAAACUCGAUGCAUCUGAUACAACUGAACAAAUAGGAACCAAUCCYGCAGAAGGUAAACGAAAUCUGGACCAUCAAAGUUCCGUUAGAAGUGUUGAUGCCAAUUCUGUUUUAGAAAUAUUUUGUAGUUCAAGUACGGAUGGCUUUCUACGCAUUUGGGACAAGAACAAGACUCUACUCCGAGAAAUACUUCUGGACAAUACCCUGACGGCAGCUUGUUUCUUAAAUCAUGGAGGUGACGUCAUCGUUGGUUUUAAUCAGCACAUCUUUUUCAUAUCUCGACGAAAAGUGUAUCCUGUUAACUCGAUGCCUGGAACGAACGACGACAAAGUCGAAGAYGAUGAAACAUAUGAGACUGAGUCUGAUAUCUAUGAAGAUCCGUCUGUCAGAUACGAAGGCAGAAAGAUACUACAGCCUGAUCCAACAAAUAUGGAAAACUAUUUGGUUCCCUUUCCAAACUUGCAACUCAAGACRUCGUUCUUUAUGGAAGACCAGCCUCCCCCUGAACUGCAAGAUGAAGAUCAGCAAGAUGAAAUAGAGUCGUUGAGUUCCAUGACGGACGCGUUGUCAUUAGCUCCAACCGAAGUCUAYUUCUCACCCCACUCGACRCCACGAGCAUCAGUGGUCAGCGGUCCUGUGGURGGRCSAAGARCAUCGAGCGACAUUCAGCUUCCAAAGAACGACAUAUGGCAACUGCCAAACUUUGGUGAUUCUCCUGUAUCCACCCCUCCAAGAACACCCUCGCCGGAGCCAACUCCUCCCUCUACCCCACCCCCAGAAGAAUCGUCUGAGGAUGAAAGCGAACCUGAACCUGAAGACACAGUUAAAGAAGAAGAUAAAGAAGAACCAUGUGAAAAAUGUCAAAUCCCAUCGAACAUAAAAGGAAAAAAGACUGUCACAUUGCCGUCUUUCAAGAGAGAUGGCGGUAGACUCUCCAACGUACGUAUCGAUUCCAAGUCGCUACGGAAUUCUUACGGAGGGCCCAGUUACGCAGCUCCAGUCAAACGUCAGACGUAUCAACCAAGCGAACCUAAACCAAUCAAGCCAAGAAAGCCUCAACGUUUCAUUCAAAAGAAGUUAAAGAAGCCAAAAGAAAUCAAACCAGAAACUAACCACGAAGCUGUAUCAAAGGAAGAUGGGCAACAUUCAAAGAGCGGAAUAGAAGAAAAGCAGAAUGCUUCCGUCCAACCAGAAAAUAACGACGAGAACAUCGACGAAGAACACAAAACAGUAGUAGAUAACGCCCACGAAGGCAAUGGAAGUAAAGACGACGACUGGACUAAAUUGCACUUUGAACUACCGGAUGAUGUAGACCCAGGGACUAUACGURUUGUUUACAUUGACCCCGAUACAGGGGAUACAGUAGAAAGUACCCUGGAUGAAAUGCCGGAGGGUGCAAAAAUCCUUAAAAUCGAUGAUGAAGAGAGCAUACGUGAUGAUGKUAGUAUGGCUGGUACCUCAAAGACCUCACCAAGUCGAGGAACCUCUCGAACCAAGAAACAUAAAUCUGUUUCCUUUGAUAUUCAGCAGCAACCAAAAAAGCAUACAACGAAGCCAUCGGGACCAAAUUUCCAAAGCGAAAGGAACCAAAGAGUUAGGGGUUCUGAUGGUAGAAUGUAUGUAGUWCCCACUGAGGACCCUUAUCUACAAGGGAGCAUUAUAUCGAGGGGACAAGACAAAGACCACAAUUUGUCCCCAUUAACUAUUUUUGCUUUAGCGAGGAACAGAAAGGAUAAUGUUGCUAGGCAGCAAAGACGUGAAAAACGACAACGACAAAAGAGAGGGAAUUACCCCGUGUACAAARUUGACAAUAAUCACAUUUCCUCGCCUCAAGACGACGACUUUGAUAUGUUAAGUGUAAGUGGGGAAUCCUCGUCUUACGGAGGCACUGACAAGUCCGUCGUGCGUUCUAUUGUGUCAGCGGACGAAGGGCUUAAAAGUACAAAAGAUGACGUAAUGAAGUGGUGUUUGAACGCAUUUAAGAAGACCAACAAACAAAUUCAUUUUCCUUCCAAACCUGUUCGACCUGGCAGUACACAGAGUGCUGUGAAAAGCACUACACUUGACGAUAAACAAGACWGCGAGGAAACUGAAGAAGACAAGAUGUUUUUCAUUGGUGCCUCUGUUGAUAAACGUCCAUCGAACGCAAGUGUCGCAACUAGUGGUGAAGAACAAGAACAGUUCAUGAUGUUUCCUUAUGAUACUACCCGACGAUCAAAAACCCRAGGGGCAGUCCCACGGGCUAAGACUGCACCAGCAACUCGACAGAGGAACACCAGAGAAAACAACGCUGUUUAUCAAGAUAUGUUUGACAAUCUGGAUUUCAUUAACACUGUGGAUGAUUACGACAAAGUUCAUUUAGACCCUUACAUAAGAUGUCAUUCGGUUGGUGAGAGACCUUUUUCUUCUCUUGAUUUCCCUUCGUUGGAAGUGGACGACUAUGCAGGGGACUGGCAGGACAUCGUGUUAUCUCGGGCACGAUUACUGAAGCAGCAGCGUCAUGAGAGGCAAAAGAGCGCCAAGGAACGAAGAGAGGCUCACCAGAAUCUACGUAAACAGCAAUGGAAGAAGGGGAGUCACUAUGACUGCGCAGUUGCUGACGUAACCAAACCAGAGCCAACAAUCGAGUUUGUGCAACCACGUGAUCCACAGUCACCUCAGACGCCUACAAAAUCAACGGACGAGACAGUUCAGCUACUUAAAGAAAAAGAACUCGUUUCAGAACGACCGUAUCGUCUACGUAUUCAUCCUCGUCAGGGUAGCGAUGACUUGACUCCUGAAGCCCGUUCUCUUAUCAACCUWAGGACAUCUAACAAUCAUAAUGUUGCUAAUAUUGCUAAAGUAAUAAUGAGACCAAACACAGCGGCUUCAAUACCCAGUAAAUGCAGGCGAUUUGUCUUGGUGUCAGAGAAACCUGGUCCAAAACAUGCUAAGCCYUCCCCUCUAGAACAAACGUUGCUGAUGGCACGAUUCCCUAACGAUCGCGUGCGAUACAAACGUAGCAGACCUCGAUCCUACGUCCACUGAUAUCAUAACUAUACUGAACCAUACACGACAUGGAUAAAUAGUGGAUAAUAUAAACGCUGACUUACUCGUGGAUGGUGAGCAUGCGACGCAUUUAGGUAUAGCAUAAGGAAUGUCUCCGMGUUCAACGGAGUAUCUUACGUUCAACGAAAUAGUCCACGCAUCAUGCGAUCGAAUGAAAAUAGGAAAAAAAUUAAUGUGACGUAUUUAAGAAAUUUUUACCUUGUAUAUAGACGAAUGCAUUGUGAAAUUGUAGAUAAAGAGUCGAGCAAAUUUUUAUAUUUAUUAGGAAUUGAAUUUUUGUASAGGUGGACGAUCUUUGUAUCGUUCACUAAUGAUGUGUAUUUGCUAGGUAUUGUCCAAUAAUAAAAAAUGAUAUUUUCA